AUGGGCAGCGAAGAGCAGCAGCAUCGGGUGACGAAUGCGAAAAAAUAUUUACCAACUUUUUUAAACUUAAAAAUAAGGAACCUAAAGCAGAAGUGUCUUUUUAUUCCUCUGCAAAAGACAGAGACAGACAUCUCAUCUGCUUCGAACCUGAAAGCUGAAAACCUGCAGAAGCAAGCGCGAAGAAAGGAAUACUUCGACGCCUCUGCAAAUCAAUUAGGAACCUCUGUCAAUGUAAAAAAGAAGUCUCCAAGUAUUCCUCGUGAUCCUUCCCCAGAUUUUGGAAAUACUUUGAUUCCAAAGAAGGAGAAGGAUGAUGAAGAGAUGCCCCAGAAUGUUGAAGUGAUUCCUAGCGUGGAGGAUAUUGCUCAGAAUGUUCCCGCAAAGGAUGAGAAAUCUGCGAGCUUAUAUUUAAGCUGUGUGGAACCACUGAAUUACUCACUGUAUCCAAGUUCUGAUUAUGCUAGUGCAAGAAUCAGACAACUAUGGCUGAUUUCAAACUACAAUGUGAAUUGGGUGCUGGUGCUUUUGGCCAGGAGCAGCAGCAUGGGUGACCGAAUGCGAAAAAUAUUUACCAACUUUUUUAAACUUAAAAAUAAGGAACCUAAAAGCAGAAGUGUCUUUUCUAUUCCUCUGCAAAAGACAGAGACAGACAUCUCAUCUGCUUCGAACCUGAAAGCUGAAAAACCUGCAGAAGCAAGCGCGAAGAAAGGAAUACUUCGACGCCUCUGCAAAUCAAUUAGGAACCUCUGUCAAUGUAAAAAGAAGAAAUGUUCAGAAAUUGUGCAGGAAGUAAGCAACACAGAGAUGAUCCUCGAGGAAAAGGAGCUACUGAAGGAGAAACCAAUUGAGAUCCUUACAGAGUCUCCAAGUAUUCCUCGUGAUCCUUCCCCAGAUUUUGGAAAUACUUUGAUUCCAAAGAGAGAGAAGGAUGAUGAAGAGAUGCCACAGAAUGUUGAAGUGAUUCCUGACGUGGAGGAUAUUGCUCAGAAUGUUCCCGCAAAGGAUGAGAAAUCUGCGAGCUUAUAUUUAAGCUGUGUGGAACCACUGAAUUACUACACUGAUCCAAGUUCUGAUUAUGCUAGUGCAAGUGAUCACUAUACUGAUCCGCAUUCCGAGUUCACUGCUCCAAGUUCCAAAUAUACUGAUGCAAGUGAUUACUUCUCUGAUAAGAGUUUAUCUCCUUCUAAGCUGGAACUGGCUAGAAAUUGUUACUGUGAAAUAAUCAGAGAGAUUGAUAGGGCACUAAACCACGUAAAGGUGGACGCAAGGAAUCAGACAACUAUGGCUGAUUUCAAACUACAAUGUGAACUGGGUGCUGGUGCUUUUGGCCAGGUAUAUCGGGCACAACACAGAGAAACCAGGAGAAUUGUAGCCAUCAAGACUCAACCAAAGGCUGCAGUCAAAACUAUAUUUAAAUAUAGAAGCAUUCUUCUGGAGCAGCGCAUCCUUCUUAUGGCAAAGCAAAAGCAGAAUCCUUUUGUUGUCGGUUUAUUCUCCUCCUUCAUAACCAGACAACAUAUCUGCUUCGCUAUGGAUUACGCUGAGGGAGGGGACUUGGAGUCCCAACUGAAACAAGGUGCCAUAUCGCUGGAGAGAACUACGUUCUUCUCCUCCUGCAUUGUCCUCGGGCUGAAGUUCCUACAUGAAAACAAGAUUGUUCAUAGAGAUUUAAAGCCAGAAAACAUCCUUCUGGAUGGCCGAGGAUACGCCAAAAUAGCAGACUUUGGUCUUAGCAUAGAAGGAAUUGGCUACAGGGACGAGAUCUGGGGCAACUGUGGAACUGUACCAUAUAAGGCUCCAGAAAUUUUCACAGAGUUAAACUACACCAGAUCGGUGGACUGGUGGGCUCUUGGAGUGAUCCUGUACAGAAUGGCUAUUGGCGAGUUUCCUUUCGACGAAACAGACAAGCAGCUCCUGACGGCCCAAAUUAUACAUACAGAGCCGAAAAUUCCUCCAGAUCUGCUUUUAAGCGUCAAGGUGACAUUACAAGGGCUGCUGGAAAAAGAUGCCAGACUUCGCCUCGGGUCACAUGAAACAGACGCUAAAGAAGUCAUGGAAAGCUCUUUAUUCACGGGAUUUAACUGGGACGCCCUUCUGAGCCAAGAAAUGCAGGCGCCAUUCACUCCUCAAAUAAGUGUUAAAGAGCGAGUGGAGUUAGUACGCCUUCGCUUACCGGGCGCUGGUGUCCCACGACCCCACAGGACCCCAUUGGAAGAGGCAUUUGAAAAGUUGAAUUGUCCUCCUCUUCUGCCUUAAAAACGGGGUUCCUGUGAAUUCUUUAGUCCAGAGAUCCCCAGCUGACUAACGAUGACCCGAUCUUCUCGGAGGAAGAAGACACGUUCAAAGCCAAAUUCCUCCAUUUCUAUGAAGAUGAUUCUAUUUUUAUAUAAAUGUUUAUAUUACUUAUUUUUUUACUUUUUUGUAAAAAAAUU